CCAACAGGAAAAUGCACACGUAGCGUGAAAGUCUUAAGGAAGGGCCCCGUCAGCGAACAUACGGACAGAAGGCUGAGCCUCAGUCAAAUGAACACUGAUGAGGUGUGGAUGUGGGCGAUUUCUGACGCUCCGCGCCAGCGUGAAAACCACCUGUAAUUUGGGACUCGGGUCAAGCGCAUCCAAGACCACACGUGCUUUGAUCCACUGCUUCCACUCAAUGUGUCCAGCCGAGGAGAUGAUCCACGUUUAGCUGGAGACGGACGUGCGUGUCAUCUAGGGAGAAAUCCAGCUACUCAUGUCCAGUGACAGGCUGGGAGCCCCUCACCCUGAUAAAAUGUGUGUUUCCUCAAGCAAGUCUCUAUCAGUCUGUCCAUCCUGAGGCCAGACAGGUUCAGUGUGGAUGCAAGGGUCUGGAGGAGAGACAGGGGUGCGAAGGAUGAGACGUUCUCGGCCGGGCCCUGCCUGGGAGGGUCUGGCCAAGGCCGGGGCUGGGGCUGGUAGGCUGGUCAGUUCUGGAGGGCACCACAAGGGCCCCGGUGCGCAGGUGGACUCUCACUCGCUCAGCCUCAUUAUUCCUUUGCAUUUCAGCCUGAGCAGCCCCAACUGUUGAUGAUGCCUCCCAGCCUCUGUGCCCCUGAGAAGACAGGCCGCCACACCUCAGCCAUGCCUGGGCUGCCUCUGGGGUCAGCUCAGUCCACUCAGACCCACCCUCUGUUGGUUUGCUUUUUCCAGGGCUGGGUUUCCAGCGGGGGCUCCUCCUCCUCUGGGGAGUCUCCAGGGACUGCUCCACCAACCCCUCUCCCACUUUCCGCUGGCCUUGCAUGGCUAGGCAUCCCACAGCACCUGCUGCCUUCUCCACCCCCUGCCAGGGCCUCAGUCCUCCCAGAAGCCCUAUGAGAGUGGACCCCAGCCCCCGAGGAGACCCAGUCCAGGAAUGGGGAAGGGCGAGGACAAGAAUGGGGGAGGGGAAGAAAGGAGGCCAAGCCAGGGGUCACAGGGUCAUGUUGGGGAGCCUCUGGCAAGGCUUAUCCCAGGGCAACCCACCUGGGAGGUCAGGGGAGGGGCCCCGCCAGGGCUGGACAAUGCUGCUCCCCCAGGCAACAGGGGGUUGGCAGGACCAGCCAAUGAGGUCACAGAGCCAUGUGACAUUUCUGGGGAAGGGAGCCAGAGACCCUGACAAUGAAUUUUGACCAGAAGUCUGUGAAAUUCCUGGCAAAUUUUUACAUCAAUGGAGGCAAACACUGGACCCAUGGCCCCCUGAGGCAGAAGCCCCUUGUGCCUUCCCCACCCAAUGCUGCUGUGCUCUUGUCGGGCCUGGAGCAGGAGCCAGGGGCCACCUUGGAUGAGAUGCGUCCCCUAGGGAUACAGGAAUUCCCGGCAGGCCUCAGGAUGCAAAUAGGCCCCCUCCAGGAUCCCAUCUGCACCCAGAGCCUGAGGGAGCUGUUGCUGGAGCGACGCCCCCCCAUCAUGAUUGACCUGGACGUCCCUGGCCCCACCAAGUACCAGGUGCCAGAUGCUUCAAUCCGAGAGUCCUCCCCACACCCCCAUUUCAGCAUCGGCCGCAAGCACCCUACUCACGAAGGCGGCGGCCGCAGGGCGUGGCAGACGGUGUGGUUCCAGGAAAGCCCCUUCACGCUGAAAGCCGACUUUAACCGAGAGGAAAAGUGGCCAUCGCCCGCUGACUACCAGCAGCCCAGCCUGCACGCCUGCCGGGCCUCCAGCUUUGGGGGCCGCCCUGCCUCAAGGACACCCGAGGCCCGAGCCCACCUGAGGAUGCUGCCCCAGCCCCCGCUUCAGGCCCUUCUGCCAGCCCCGGCUGGCAAGACCGGCCCCAGCCCCAACACCUAUGACAUCCUGUCCGGGUGCCGCCUGAAGAGUCCAUGCCCGCCCACCUUCUCCAUGAGCCGUUCACCGCUGCUUGCCUCCUGGGUCAGCUCCUCGUGCACCCCCGGCCCGGCUGCCUACCAUGUGGAGGACUACUACAACUCACGCUUCCCCUCAGUGCCUGGAGUGCUCAUCCAAGGCGUGCGAAGACCCAAGCGCCAUGACACUGGCCCCUUCUGCGCCAUAUAGAGCUGCCACCCCAGUGAUCACGAGACCCCUGCCUCCCUGGGGGCCUGAUCAGGCCUUCCUCUGGAACUCAGUGUCCACAGCCUGGCCUUCUGACCCUCUGGGUACCCCCAACCCGCCUUCUGACCAGUUGACCCUUCUGUGGGCUGUGGUUGCAGAGGGCCCAGGCUGAAGCCCCCCACCUGCCCACCCCCUUGCUAUGUAGGGAUGCUGUUUGUUCUUCCGAAUCACACUAUAUCUUGGCCACUGUCCCUUGCCCAGUGAGCUGUCCUGCUACUGACCUAUCAUGUCUGGCUUUCCUUGGCCAGGGGUCUCCCUUAACUUCCCCUUCAGUGCCCUCUCUCUAGGGUGGCUGGGGUGGCAACCUGAGACUUCCUGGUCUGGGACAGGGUGGGAGGGGCCUUGUGGGCAGUGUAGGACAUUCUUACCUAGCCGUGCCACCCAUGGGAGAGGACUAGCUGCCAAUCUACCCAACAGUCAUGCUGCUUGCUGAUUCGAGGAACUGACCGUUGGGGUGGAGAUGGGGGGGCGGGUGGACAGACUCCCUGAGUUGUCACCUUGAGGUCAACCUGCCCAGCCACCAGGUAGGGCCCAGAGGACCAGCUCAUUAGGGCCUGGCCCCUCUUCUCCCAGCACUUGCCCAAAGACCCUGUGACUCAUCCAGGGCCAUACAGGCCAAGCUGCAGGCAGUUGACUCCCCAGGACUUUACCCACUGGGGCCUUGCCCCUGCCCACAGCAGCAGCCUUAUCACCAUUGACCUGCCCUCCCACCCAGGGGCUGGCCCCAAGACUGCCUCCAUGCAGGGGCCUCCCCUGUAGCUUGUGGUGGCUCCUAUCACCGCAUCAAAUUCUCCAGGCGUCCUCCCUGUG